UCUCUUUCCUCUUCUCUUGGAAGUCUCCGCAAUGAUCUCGAGAGACCUGGCUCUCAUUUCCAUCUCCGCCGCCAUUGGAGCCCUCGCCUCCUUGUUCGCCGCUCGCUUGCUCUCCUUCUCCUCCUCUCCCGACAACCCUAAGAGGCCGCCUUCUCCUCCUCGCCUCCCCUCCCCUCCAUCGCCCAACGCCAAUGGCUCCGCCUGCGGAGUCCCGCCUCGAAGCCCCUUCGACCCCGCCAAACGCGAAGGGUACAUUAGCUGGGAUGAUUACUUCAUGGCUAUCGCCUUCCUCUCCGCCCAGCGUUCCAAAGAUCCCAGCAGGCAGGUUGGAGCAUGCCUGGUUAGUCAAGAUGAUAUAAUCCUUGGAAUUGGCUACAAUGGAUUCCCAAGAGGUUGUUCUGAUGAUAAGCUUCCUUGGGCGAAGAAAUCUAUAAAUGGAGAUCCACUGGAGACAAAGUACCCUUACGUUGUUCAUGCAGAAGUUAAUGCUAUUUUAAACACAAACCAUGCCUCUGCUGCUGGACAGAAAUUGUAUGUUACAAUGUUCCCUUGCAAUGAAUGUGCCAAGAUUAUUAUCCAGUCUGGUGUCUCUGAGGUCAUCUAUUAUGUGGAUAAAAGGAUUGGCAAUUCUGAUGCUGCAUAUAUUGCCUCUCACAAGUUGCUUUCUAUGGCUGGUGUCAAGGUUAGGAAGCACCAACCACAAAUGACACAGAUUUUAGUCAAGUUUCAAGAGCCUUAGUUGACUUUAAAUACAGAGUUUCUUAAUUACCAUUGCAAGAUACAUAUUCUCCAGGAAGCACAUUGGCUUUGAUGCAGCAGCCAUUCCUCGCUUGAUGUGCUCGAGACUUGCUGCUAAACGAGAGUCAUUUGUGAUGUUGCAUUUCAGAACAUAACAUAUAAAUGCUGUCUAUCCUCCAUAACAAACUGAUUUCUUGGACACUUAUGGGUACUGCAGCUUUUUUUUUUUGCUCUUGUUCGUUUUAGAACUCAUGCUGAAUUCAAGUGCUAAAGUAUUUCUGAUAUAAUAUUGCA